UGAGAGAGACAAAGACUCUCACAUGCUUAGUGAAUUGAAACGAAGAAGCUUCAGAAAAAAAAAUUCAGAAAACUGAUUAACCAUGAUAAUUUAAAUUUCCAUCAAAAUCACCAACCAACUAAUUGUUUCUCAGUUCCAAUUAUCAAUCUAAAUAUUUAAUCUUAAAGUUUUUCUCUUCAUCAAAAACUGAUUUAAUUGCCAUUCAGUUUUCUUCUCCCUUUCAUCCAAUUGUUUACAUCAUCACAAUAUUCACUUAAUUGUAAUAAUUAGUCUUCUCCAUCAUCUUUAAUCAUUUUCCCUCAAUAAUUACAUAGAUCGUGAGUGAUUUAUUCUGAUUAAAAUUCCAUUCAAUGGUCAACACGUUCAGUUCACUAUUCAUAUAACUCACUCUCCAAUUGGAUGUAUGCCCCCCGAAUCUUCAUUGAGCUUGAGCCAAAUGAAGUAAUUUUUUUCCUCAUUCACUUUGAUUAAUCAAAACAGUUAAUUAUUUUUGUUAAUUGUUCUCCCUGUUAAAUUAAUUAGUCUUUACAUUCUUCAUUCUACUAAUUGUUGGAUCAAGUGAUUAUCCAUUUGCCAUUCUAUUAUAAUCAUAUUUGCUGGUGAUUACGAAUUUCCAAUAUUUUAUUUAGUAGUUUUCUUUUUGUUUGAUGGUCUAAGAUGGUGAAAACAAAGAGAGAUACUCCUUUACGUAAAUCGAGAAAUGAAGAGGAGGAGAAAAGACGAGCAGAAAUUAACAAUGGUAUAACUAAAUUAAAAUCUAUUAUACCGUACCUACAAAACACGACCAGUUUACCUGGUCAACCUGAAGAUACAAAAAAUGAUACCUUACGAUUAGCCACCAAUUUUUUACAUGUUGCUAAAAGUGAAAAGUUCGUCGAUUAUAUGACGAAUAAAGAUCCAUCUAGUGAAAAGCUUUUCGAGUAUUUUAACCAAGUACGAUCACAAAUUAAUUGCUCAUUUUUCUUCGCUGAUGGAGAUGGUAAAAUUAUCUUUACCCAUGGUGAUGUUUUCGAGCAAUUUGGUUACAGUGCUAAAAAUGUUAUCGGAAGAAAACUUCAUUUACUAUUGGAUUUACCUGAAGAUUUGGUCAAAUUUAGUUCCAAACUAUUUGCAGUUAAACAAGAAUUGUUGAGAAACAAGAUGAAAUCAAAAUACUUCAAACUGUGUUGUAGUAUUAAACAUAAUACAAAGAAUACAUCGCCCUUACAACGUUCACCGGUUUCGAUCUCUGGUAAAUUGGUUCUAUCUAAAUCGUCAUUUAUUGAACGUUGUGUUACAGUGACCAGAAAAAAGAAUGGACAUUUUGUUUGUCAAAAGUUAUCUAAACCUGAAAAUCGAGAUCCUUUCCUAUUGUUUGGUCAGAUUGAAGUUUUAUCCGAUAAAAUUAUUCGACAUUCAUCAUUUACAAAAGAAAUCAAUGAGUACGUACUUUACAUGGAUCCAGCAGGAUAUAUCCUGGGUGCUGAUCAUCGUAUGGUAGCUGUUAUUGGUUAUUUUCCACAAGAUGUUAAAAAUCAAUUUGCUCAUUCAUUUAUUUACGCUGAUGAUUUAAGAAUAUCUUUCUAUCGACAAUAUAUUCUAUUACAACGUAAAGAGAAGGUCGUUGAAACUGUUCACCGAUUGACCUCUCUUGCUGGAAACACUGUUUGGGUAAAAUCUUUCGGUGUAAUCGAGGAAGAAAACGGCCAAAGUCCAACCUUUAAGCUUCAUGCAGUUAAAAUUGAUGAACGCGAAGGAAACGAGUUACGAAAGAAAGAGGAAUCACUUUUACCGGAAGAAUUUCGUAAAUGUUCAAUUGAAAGUAUCGUUGAGAAAAUAAAACAACUAUCCUCCAAUUUACUUCCCAACCAAUCAGAUAUUCAAUCUGCUCACAACUACAAUGUUCAAUCUCAUCCAAUAGAAACUGAUAUUGAUUUUGAAGUAAAUUCUGAUAAUUCAAUCAGUCAAUCACCUAUGAAUGAAUUAUCUUCACCACAAUCGUCAUCGCCAACAUUAUCUUCACCUUCGUCAAUUCAGCCAAAAUUGCUUAUUAACUCACCCUGCUACUAUAAUCACCAAAACGGUUCGCUCAAUCAUGAUCAAAUAAUUAUAAAAUAUAUUCCUGAAGCCCCAGUUGCCCCCGAUAAUCAGACCGUUUUCAUCCCUAUAAUACCAAAUCAACAACAAAUAUUUAAUAUUCAGUCGUUGGUUUCAUCUACAAACCCUCAAAUCAUCAACAGCAAUCAUGUGUUCAUACAAAAUAUCAAUAUCAACAACUACAUAUUGACCAAGAACAAUCAACAAAAUUCAAAUGGUGAUCAUUUUUUGCCUACUGAGGGCGAAGGGGCAUUUGUUAACCUGAUCCCAUUUCUGGAAAAUGAAAGUGAUAGAAAUGAUCAUAACAUUUCAAAAUAAUCAUAUCCUGAUUGAAAUUUUUUCCUCCUUCGUUAUAAAAUGUCAUUCUAUCUCUUUCU